GUGAGCUCGAGUGAGUAACUGGGAGUCGCAACUGGGGGAUCCACUCAGUCACCACGAGAUCGGCAAGCCGAAUGGUCAACCGUGCCGGUGGUUCUUCUGAAAAGUCUACGACGAGUUGAAGGGGGCUCCGACUGGGGCCCUGGACCAGGCGCAGAUUGGGUCCUCGAAUGUCAACGGGCGCGAUCGUCCGCGGUUACCUCUGUUCGAUCGCGGCGCAGGUGGACGGACGGGCGCGUCGCGUCGCGUCAAUUUCCCGACGGAGAACAAGCUGACCGAUUGUCAAAAUUAUCUCGCGGGAACACUGACGAUGUGGAGAGUUCUGGUGCGCCGUUAUGUCACUUUGACGUCCACCUGACGCACAGUAACGAUACCGGUGUAGAAAUACGUUGCUCCCGCGGUCUGUGGGUCCCCGGCGUCGCGGUUUCGGUAUCCCGGGGAUUACAAUAUCCUCGCGUGACAGUUCGCCCCGGCGGCGGGACGCGACGGUGGACGAUAAACGGACGACGACGCUGCUUUUUCUUUCGGAGCGACCAGUCGAUUCGCGGAAAGAUCGCGAGUGCGCAAGUGGAUGCGAGCGGAAACUGUCAUCCGGAGCAGCCGAGGACUCUCCUGCAGGAGGACGAGGAAGAAAUGAUCUUCGUGCUGCUGGUGGCCGGAGCGUUCGCCCUCGCCACACUAAGGCGGUACUCAGUGGCACAAACGAUUACUCUCACGAGUUUUGCCUUCUUCCUGACUUCGUGGCUAAACUCGGCGUCGGGAACGUUCACAAACGACCUACAAUUUGUGCCAAACUCCAGUAACAUAGUAGAAGCUAGGUGGAUUCAGCAGCCUUGCGGCACCCGGCUGGCGGCCUCGCGGAGGAUGCAUAAUUCCAGCGACUCGAACAACAUCAUGAAGAGGGUGCGAACGCAAUUGCGCGUCGCGCAAAAUCACUUCAACAAGACUUUCAAGGACGUGCGCAUAGUUUACUCGAAGGUGUACCGAGUGUUAGUGAAGGAGCAGUAUAAGAUGAAUUGGUUGCCGAAAAGGCAGCUCGAGUGGUACCACAGGGAACUUUGGUGUUUGGAAAGGGGGAAGAAAGCCGAGCGCGCCCUUCCACGCCUAUACGACGCACUUCAGAAGUUCCAGAUUACGUUCUAUUAUCUUAAAGAAUUUCAUCUCGACUCUGAUAUCGACGUUAGUCGCGGCAUUACUAAGAGGCGGAGUAGAAUCAUCGAAAGAGCGCACAAUCAAGUUCUCAGGUUGCUGUGCGAGGUCGAAGCUGCCAUGAUAAAUCUGGAGUUACAAACUUCCGCUGUAAACAAUGCGUUCAGCAUAACGGACAACUUACACUGGGCCAAAGAGGGCGAUCUAACUCUAAUGCUGAUUCAGGAUUGGGGCGUGUUAAAGCUCUAUCACACUUUUCUGAAAGAUUGGAUAAAGGUUUUCCGUAACGCCACCACCGACAACACUUGCGACCGUAACAUCAAGUCUUUGGCUUUUACGCCGAAUAUGCCUAAGAAGUGGUUUAACGAGCGGGGUACGAGGAUGCCGAAGAUGAGGAAACGUAAACCGACGAGGAAGCCUGGUCGAAAUAAUUCCUUGCGCCAAAACCUGCGAAAGGGAUCUCAAAGGAGCAGACUGAUGAAGAAGCAAAAAGGACCUACGUUACGAACAUAAAUCACGUAUCGAACCUGAACAAGUUAGCGCUUAGAGUAUCGACGAGAUCUGCUGAUAAUUUAAAGACACCGCUCUAUACAGCGUCGAAUCGUAUACUAUCUCAUACUAACAUAACUUUUAUAUUUAUUCCAUUAUCAUGUUCACUUGAAUAGUUUUACUCGUUUUUCGCAGAUUUGCCAAUAGAAUCGUACUAUUGUAGAGAUUAUGAUAUCUCCGUGAAGCCAUGAAAAUUACUUAAUUCAAUAGUUUUGGCUCAAUACUAUUGUGAAUUAUAGUAAUAGAAAUAUUUUAUCGUCAACAUGCGGCUGCAUACUAGAGACCAGUAUUAAAAGAUCUACUUCAGAACAGUAUUAUAUCUAAUAACAUACAUAAAAUAUACCGAGUAUAGCCCAUAAUGUUGAUAAUAAAUAUUUCGAACUACACGGCGCACUUGAAUCGAUUAGACCGAAAUACCGGUCGAAUGGAUUACAGUCGCCGUUAAAGUACACCCGGAAAACAUAAUCUUAUCGUGUAUGUAAAAGGAAUAUAAAACGCCCGUUUUUAUUCUCAGCAGUCUGAAAACAACGAAAAAAAAAGAAAACAAUGUGUUAUGCAAAUGCAAACGAAAAAAAAGAACGAGAAAGAAAUGCAGAGAGAAUAAAUUCGCAGACGUACUUUGCACGUCUGAGAUCGGCCGUCUUGCCCGAUAUUUAUAUCGAUACGCCAACAUGGAUGACGCUCACGAUCAAGGCGGUUUGUUACACGAUCACACGGAUUCGAGUUUAUUCGGUUAAAUCGACGGAGUCUGCGAUACGCGCAGGUGUCGAUAGUACGUGAAAAAGAUUGAUAACGAGUUAAGGCGAACUCGUGAAACUUAUUUAUUCUAGCUUUAAGCGGAUGGCGAGAACUUAAGGUUUUUAGCUGUGAUAUCCCGAGCGUAUGCGGACGUACAGAGUUCCUACGUUUAUAUAUAGGCGCAUAUGCACAUACACAUACACUUACAUAGAUAGGUAUCGUGCGUUAACGCGUACCAUACGUAGACGUAGAUGAUUCUCUCCUUUCCGGUGUGUCUUACCGAAGAAUCUCGCCUUGUCGUGGGAACACAUGACAAUUUUACCUUUUAUAGAGUUAGUCUAUCGAAUCGCUGCGUCGUAAGUGCAUAGACGACGUCAGAAGCGGUUUUCUUUUUAACGAAGCCCGAAAGAGUUUUCACGAUUUCUUCCGUCUCGUUUUCCAGACUUGCAUUCAAAUGCGUUAACAAGGGACCAUUACGAAUUUUAAAGGAAAUCGUUCGAGCAAAUCUUGAUUUUAUGCAUGCGUCAGCAUAUAAUAUGUGACGCGUCCUUUUUAUGCUAGAAUAAAAUGUAUUUGUAUCGUGCAGAUACGAUAUUUUAUACUGCAACAAUACUUAAGUACGUUCAUAGCUUAGCAGUACGCAUAUUUUUGUACUAUGUAUGCACAUGAUGCGAUACAAAUUAUUCGUAGACGCGCACUUAAAUCUAAGGCCAUUUUAUACGAUACACAUACAAUAUUUAUUCGGACGUAUAUGCAUAGCGUUCUGUUCUAUUUAUUGUAUCACGUUACCAUUGCAUAUACUAUUUAUUGUCAUGUCUUUACUUAUAUGUGAUCAUCUCGAAUAAAUUCAAUGUUUUGUAUCGAACUGAAGUUUGGAUGGCAGAGAUACCUUUAUGAUCCACAUAACAAUUUUCUUUCUACGAUAUUGUAAAACAUUCGUUUUACGUAAACAUCCACCGGAAAUAUCAGGAGUACAUGAAGGAUCUUCACUCAACAUAGCACUCGAUCAUUAUCCAUAAUGUAUAUAACGCGGAAGUAAUGUAGAUAAGAAUACACCAUUUAGAAUGCAAUAAACAUGACUUGUUGCAGUAAUAUUAUAAGCGAUUGAUUAGAUAAGCAGUUAAAUAACGCAUAGCAACAUUAAUUUUUUGUAACUAAGAUAUAUUUAACCGUGUUUUAUUUUAAAGACAAAGCAAAAGCAUAAUUGUAAUGAUGAUAAAUAUCACUGAUCCAUCGAAUUUUUUUUACCCAUUUAAUGCUUCUUUAGGUAAGCGACUUUUAUUAUUGAAAACUUAAAAAUCGCAUUUUAUUUGUACGCAUUUUAUUUGCAAAUUUAAAAUUAUUCUAUAUUUAACUUACGCUACUAUACUUUUCUAUAAGUAAAAUUUAUUAGGCCAACAUCACAGUGCAGUUUCUAUCAACAGAAUUUCCCAGACGCAUCAAAUGUUGUAAUAGGAGUACACGUAGAGUGGAUAGGUUGUAAUCUACUGCACUUUGCGCUUAUAAAGGGUAAAUCUAUUUGUUGUAACUUCAACUGCCCGACGCUAUUGCAUUAAUAAAUUGUUCGUUGUGUAAAAGACUAAA